AUGCUUCUUGAUAAUUCAUUUGAAAGCAGUCAUCGUCUGGUCUGGCCUUAUAAUAAAAGCGAUCAUUGGUGGACAGAGAUUGUUUCAAAAAUGAAUGACAGGAAAUUCAAAGAAAAUUUUCGUUUGGAACGUUCUACAUUUUUAUUCUUAGUUAACCAUAUUGUGCCUUUGCUGAAAAAAGAUGAUACAAAAUUUCGGUUAACAAUAUCGGUGGAGAAGAGAAUUUGUUGUGCAUUAUAUUGUCUCGGCUCUUCAUCGGAAUUAAGAACAAUUGGAAAUUUAUUUGGGAUAGGGAAGAGUACAGUGGGCAAGAUUUUGCAUGAAUUUUGUGGUAUUAUUAUUGAAGUAUUCUUCUAUCGAAUUAUUAAAUUUCCAGCAACUGAUGAAGAGAUAAAGAAUACGGUCAAUGGGUUUCUUGACAAAUAUAACUAUCUAAUGUGUCUUGGUGCAUUAGAUGGAACUCAUAUCAGUAUCAAACCACCAUUAGGUUUAGAAUCGGAUUAUUACAACUACAAGAAGUUUCAUUCAAUUGUGAUGCUUGCAGUUGUAGAUUCGAAUCUUCAACUUACCUAUGUUAAUGUGGGUGCACCAGGACGAUGUAAUAAUGCUUCAGUAUAUGCUAGGUCCACUUUAUCUGAAGUCAUUCAAAAUACAAUCUAUAGGAAUCAUUACAUUAUGGUUAAUAAUGCAAAUGUUCAGGCUCAUUUGAUUGCUGACUCGGCUUUUGCAUUAGAUCGAACUCUGAUGAAACCUUAUCCACUUCGUCCAGAUAUGCCAAGGGAAUAUGCUGCAUUUAAUUACCGGCUAAGUCGAUGCAGGUGUUCUGUGGAACGAGCAUUUGGUUUGCUAAAAAAUAGGUUUCGCAUUUUGCACAAAAAGAUGGAGUUCGAUCUGGAUAAUACCAUCAAUGUCAUAAAAGCAACUGUAGUUUUACAUAAUUUGUGUAUUAUUAGUGAAGAUCUUUCAGAAAUUGAGUGGGAUGUUUCUGAAACUAUUUAUAAAAAGCCUGGCUGUAAUGCAACAACAACAGAAGGUAUCGAUCUUCGACAUGCACUCACCCAAUAUUUCAUCCAGAAUUCCUUAUGAGUUUGUGAUUGUGUUCCCAUUAUCUCUGUUAUGUAGUCAAUAAAUUCUUUUUUUUUUGGUAGUGUACCAUACUUAAUGUCGGAUUUUUUUUAAAGUAUUAACGACCAUUUUCUGAAUAACUUUUGAUUACUUUGAGUUAUCGAGCUGCGGUUUUCACCAUUCAAAAGAGCAAGCCGGGGGCUACAAAAUCCUA